AUGGGUUCAGAAUCCCCGAAAUUCGUUUACAAGAUUUUGCCCCAGGCCCCUGCCGAGCCCUUUCCUGCCCAGCUACCGUUGUCAGAGUUGGACGCCAAGGACGGCUUCGUCCAUCUAAGCACGGCUACGCAGGUGCCCAAGACGGCGGAUUUAUUCUUUGCCGAGCACACGAAGCUAUGGGUGAUUAAGCUGGAGCUUUCCAAGCUGGCCGAUCCUGUCAAGUUUGAGGACAGCUUCCCUCACCUCUACGGCAACUUUGGCGCGCGUGACGUUGACUCUGCAUCUCGCUUCGAGCGUGAGCAAGCGCAGACAUGGGCAGAGAGCAUGAGUAUCUCCUCCUGGCUGGAGUAG